GGCGCGAUAAACGGUCCGGCGGCGGCGCUCUCGCACGGCGGCGGCGACGUCGAUGGUGGCGGUGACCGGCACACCACGGCCGACGGACACACGACGAAUAUUAUAUGAUGAUAUCGUCGCAAUAAUAUUAUGCGGAAAAGCGUUGCGCCGCCGAAGAAAACGAGAAAAACGAUAAGGACGUCGGCUUUGAGAUCGCGCCGGAUGUGAGUAUACAUUGUAACACGUAUCGAAUAAACAAGAAAUAUGAAGCGACAGAAUGUGCGCACACUGUCUCUAGUAGUUUGCACGUUUACAUAUUUGCUAGUGGGAGCUGCUGUGUUCGAUGCAUUGGAAUCGGAAACUGAGAGAAAAAGAUGGAAUCACCUUUUAGAACUAAAGCAAGCUUUGGUAAGAAAAUACAGCAUAAGCGAAGAUGAUUACAGGAUGAUGGAGGUUGCUAUCAUCGAAAAUAAGCCUCACAAAGCUGGACCACAGUGGAAAUUUGCGGGCGCAUUCUAUUUCUCCACAGUCGUUUUGGCUAUGAUUGGUUAUGGGCAUUCGACACCAGUGACAAUUGGUGGAAAAGCAUUUUGUAUGGCAUACGCUAUGGUGGGCAUACCAUUAGGACUUAUUAUGUUCCAGAGUAUUGGUGAACGUUUAAAUAAAUUUGCGUCCGUAGUUAUUAGGAGGGCCAAACAGUAUUUAAAAUGUAAAAAGGAAGAAGCCACGGAAAUGAAUUUAAUGUUCGCUACCGGACUGCUGUCGUCGGUUAUCAUCACUACUGGUGCGGCUGUUUUUUCAAAAUAUGAAGGAUGGAGCUAUUUUGAUAGUUUUUAUUAUUGUUUCGUUACACUCACCACCAUCGGUUUCGGAGAUUACGUCGCAUUACAGAACGAUCAGGCUUUGAUGACAAUGCCCGGGUACGUGGCGCUUAGCUUGGUGUUCAUUUUGUUUGGACUCGCCGUUGUUGCCGCCAGCAUCAACUUGUUGGUACUGCGUUUCAUGACCAUGAACGCAGAGGAAGUGAGGCGCGAGGACAACGAGCUCCAGGGCGUGUCGCAGCACGUCAUCACCGUCGACGGCGAAGCGGUGACGUCCGUCAACGGCAAACUGUUGGCCGGGCACACGGUCGGCCGGGACGCGGGCGACGACGUGGACCAAGUGUCCGUGUGCUCGUGCACGUGCGUGGGACCGGUGCAGUACGACUACAACCGGGACAUACGGCCGGCGGAACGGGCGGCCGCCAACGCCGCGGCCGCCGCCGCCGUGGUCUACAGCAGCCCGCCGACCGAUCAGCCACUGCUGUCCUUGAAGAGGGUGUCCAUAUAAAAAGUCGGCGACGGCGGCGGCGUAGUGUACCUACGAUUGUAUAUUAUAUUAUAGAGAAGGACGUAUUAUUAUUAUUAUUAUUAUUAUAAUUAUAUAUUCACCCCCCCCACCUCUCACUACCCGCCACGAAACGUCGUAAGGCCCAAAGCCUUUUCGUCACUGCGGCACGACGUUCGGUCCGAAAUGUAAGCGUAGACACAUAUUUUAUUGUACAGGGUCGUUCAAAAGUCUUCCGCGGAUUUCGAAAAUUAAUAUAUUUUUUUUUUCAAAUCCACGACGACGACGAUGCGGUAGGUAUUCAAAAUACGGUAUCGUUUUUCAUACAAGUCCAUUUCGGCGGGCUAACCGACGAUAGUUAUUCAUUACAAACGCUCACUGCAAGACACUCGCGCGUUUAUCGGCAACGAAGGUACGAAAAAAAAAAACAUUAAACGAAAAUUAACUCGACUGUCUUAUAUGUUUACAAUAAUAAUGGUACCUAUAUAGGUGAAGACUUUUGAAUCGCCCUGUAUGUUUUUACCUAACAUAUACAUAGUUUUCUAUUAAUAACCAUAGUAUACGCGUCGUCUUAUGGUUGACAUCGUGUCUAUGGAAACUCAAGCAGUACGCUUUGCUCUUGUCUCACAUCAAAAUACGUUUUUUAAAUCAAUUCCUUUUUUUUAUUAUUUCUGAAGUUGGAGAGAAAAUAUUUACAUUCGAGAUUCGCUAUAUCGAAUAUAUAAUAUAUACGUACGAUACACAGUUAUCGCUGCAGUUAAGACUACAUUUUUAGUUAUACGGCUCCUCGUUUACUUUUCGCCUGCCUAAUCGUGUUAUCUUAAUCAUAAAAUGUAGGAUAUGUCAAUUAUUAAUUUUUACGAUUGAACUUUUUUGUUAUGCACUAUUUUAAAGCAAACAUUUUCAUUAUCUCUAGAAUACCAGAAUUUUAAUUAAUUUUAAUUGUGUAUAACUCGUCUUAAACUGCUAUCGAACGAUAAUCGCCGUUAGUUUAGCAUAUUAUUAUAAACGUCCUCCUUGAACUAAUUGACGUAAUAAAACUUUCGUUUACGGAAAUUUAUGUCACAGUAAUCAGCAAGCGAUUGGCGCUGACGACGGUCAUUUACCGAUAACACACACUUAAAAUUAUUUAAAAACAAUUUACGUUCAUAUUACAAACGGUUGAAACAUCUCAAUAUCAUAUUUGUAGUUUCCAUCACUGUUGUAGUGGACCUAUAUGGUUGUAUAGUUGCAUACAUUUGAAAACUUUAUUAUUCGAUCUCGUUUAGGUAUAUGACUUUAAAGCAGAGUGUUAUAAUAUUAUUAUUUGUGUGAUCGCGACGACGGAUAACUUGACAUACGCAAACCCAUUUUAAUCACGAACAUUGUUUUUAUUUUCAAUUACAACCGUAUUAACUGUAACAGUUUUAAAUCCCCGGGCUUACAAUUGGACAUAGUCGUAUUACCUUUUCCCAUUUUUGUUUUAAAAUGUUAACCGCCUAUAGUCAUUUCAUGAAAAUGUAUUAAACAAUAGAACAUAAAAACGUAUAAACUAUAAAUGAGUUAAACGAAAACUCAUUAUUUAUUGUUUAUAAAUUGUAAAUCGCAACAAAUAACAUAUAAUUAUAUUAUUAUGUGCAGAUUUUGUAUUUUUUUUUUUUUUUAUGUUUCUGUUGUUAAUAAAAUAUGAUUAUUAAUUAUUA